AGAUGGCGCCCACACACGUACUGAGAUGCUGUCAACGGGGCUUAGCAUGGAUACCUGUGAUUUUAUCGCGCUCGUCGUCUGCUGGUCGUAUUACGCUUAUGUGGUGGAGCUUUGUAUAUUCACCAUCCCCAGCAUAGGAGAGCAGAUCAUCUACCUGAUCUUCUUCCACCUCUCUUUCAUCAUGUUUGUGUGGUCUUACUGGAAGACCAUCUUCACCAAGCCUGCCAACCCUUCCAAAGAGUUUUGCCUCCCCAAGGCUGAAAAGGAGCGUUAUGAGAAGGAGGAGAGGCUAGAGUCUCAGCAAGAGAUCCUGUGGAGAGCUGCCAGCAGCCUGCCUCUGUACACCCGCACAGGCGCCGGAGCGAUCCGUUACUGUGACCGCUGUCAAGUUAUCAAGCCAGACAGAUGUCAUCACUGCUCGGCAUGUGACAUGUGUGUGCUGAAGAUGGACCAUCACUGUCCCUGGGUGAACAACUGUGUGGGAUUCUCCAACUACAAGUUUUUCAUCCUCUUCCUGGCCUACUCGCUCGUGUACUGUUUGUUCAUUGCAGCCACCGUUCUGCAGUAUUUCAUAAAGUUCUGGACAAAUGAGCUGCCAGACACUCACGCCAAAUUCCAUGUCUUGUUUCUUUUUUUUGUGGCCGCCAUGUUCUGCAUCAGUAUUUUGUCCCUCUUCAGCUACCACCUGUGGCUUGUAGGGAAGAACAGGUCGACUAUAGAGGCAUUCAGAGCACCAGUCUUUAGGACAGGUCCUGAUAAAAAUGGCUUCUCUCUGGGUUUCCGAAAGAAUAUCGUUCAGGUCUUUGGUGAUCAGGAGAUGUACUGGCUGCUGCCCAUCUUCACAAGCCAGGGAGAUGGUCUGACGUUCCCCACUCGGCUGGUCAACCCUGAUGUGGAGCAGGCCACAGUGACGCUGCAGUCAGAGCCCAGUAAAAGCGCUGCUGACAUCACCGUGAGUCCACUCAGCGAGUCUCAGAACCGCCUCCUGAGCAACGAGCAGCAUGCUAAUAACGUCGGAGACCAUCUGGCAAAUAACACCCUCAAAUCAGCUGAAAGUGAAACCAUUACAAUCUCAAUGGAGAGCGAGUCCUAACCAGGAGAAACUCCUCAGUCAUCUACUACGAUGCCUUAAGCAGCGCUAGAGUUUAGUUCAUCACCAGUCCGCCAGCAGAUGCCCAUUCAGACCCAUUCACAGUAACUAUGGAAGUACAGUCCAUUAUCACACUCAUGUAUUCCCUGGCAUUAGCAUUUUCGCAUGCAGUGUCAUGAGCGUAUCUCACUUCAUAAGACAUGAGACAAGCUUAUUCGCAGUUACACUAACAGUAACAGCUAUAUACAUAUUUCCUUGGUUUUUUUUUUUUUUUCCCAACUCUUACAAGUGAAGCAUUUAUUAAUGAAGAAAGUCUUGGAGUGAAUCAAAGCUACUGUUGUGCCAAAAACCUCCUGGGUGCACCAAGACAAAGCUGCAGUGAACUGAACCCCCUCCUGGGUGCACCAAGACAAAGCUGCAGUGAACUGAACCCGGAUCAGUUUUUUUUUUUUAGGAAGGCAGCGCAUGAUGCGGAGGUGGAUCAUUUUACCCUUAAUUUUAUUUUUUGUUUGUUUCCUUUGUUUGUUUUUUUUAGUCUAAUUUUUUUACUAAUCUAACAUUGGAGCGUAUCAAUGAUCCACACCUUUUGAGAUGGAUACUUCCCAAUGAACCUGGACUAUCUCACAGAGGACUCUGCUGUUCGGCGAACCAGUGUGCAACAGGGAAGACUGUAGCUGGAUUUUGGGCAGAAUUUUGGAUAUCAGAGCACAAGAUGGCGCAUUUGCACUUUGUAGAUUAUCCAUCAAAAAAAAAAAAAAGGUGCCGCUUUUCUUUCUUUCUUUUUAAAAUCAUGUCCAAAAAGCAUCCCAGGUGCAACGGAUGUUGGACGAUCAUGUGAUUUUCUUUUUCUUUUUUUGUUUUUUUAUGGUGUAGUGUGCAUGUGCGUGAGAGAGAGAAUGUGUGCAACAGUUGAAGUGGCAGUAAAAAUUUUCUUCUUUCCUACUAUCAGAGACUAAAAGAAUCAGCUUUAUGUGUUUUUUUUUUUUGUUUUUUUUGUGGCUAUCUUGUGGCAAAACCUGCUGCUUCAAAUGGAUGGUUUAACUUUGGAGAUGAAGCUCACACAGUGCAAAGUGCAGCGACACUCACUAACUGUUCUCUUAGAGCCUGAUCAGCGAUUCUUAGCCCGCAAUGUGCACAAGCCUGUUUUUCUACGACUCAGUGCUUCAACCUUUACAAAGACACCAACAAUCUGCCAAAUAAGGGCUGGCCUGUCAGGAGCGCUGACCUCUGAACCUGAAGUGUUUACAGCAUAUUAGCUUUAUCCUGACCUCACUGGCUAAUGUCAUCAUAACCAAAUUGAAUUUAACAGUAGUUGUGGGGCAAUAUUUUGUACAACAUUUAUCUGUCGGUCCGACCUGUUGUGGUUCAUGAUGUCUGUGCAAUACCAGUGCUGGCCAGCAGGUGGAGACAAGACACCUGUUUUGUCCACUCAUUCAGCUUAGUGUUUUUUUUGUAUCACUACAUCAUUUGCUCGGGGCUCAGUUCACUUUCAGAUUAAAUCUUUUUAUUAAUAUCCAAUUAAUAUGCAUUAAAUCUUUGUAAUAACUCACCUAGAUUUAAUUUGAAAGUGUAAUCCAACCCCUCUGAUAGAGAUGUCGGCUACAGCUUUGGCUCACCUUUUGGAAUCCGCUCAGUGUUGUGUUCUUGAGCCUUAGCCUAGUUUAAAACCCAUAUCGUAUCAGUGUUGGAACACCUGGGCUUUGACUCGCAAGGUCUGCGGAAAGCUGUAAGGAUAAGCAUUUAUAAUGCACAAGGGGCAGUGCCGAGGAGGAGGAUACAUUAUUCAGAGGAAUAUUGUUGUUUUGGUUCAAACUUUGAAUUCACAUUGACAGGCAAUACAGCAGAUUCCUGAUGUCCAUCAUUACUCACACCUCGGAUCACAUCCCUGAGUGUUGCUGGGCGAGCCGCCUGCUUAAUAUAUCCAACCAGAUACUGGUGAUGUACAAGUUUACAGCUGUUUCUAUCGUGUACAGUGUGUUAGUGUUGUCGUAAAGUGUGCUGAAUGUACAACAGACAGGACAGCGAAGGUAUGAGUGCUAAAAACAGCCUGAUCUUUAAACUUCAUGUUUACUUUUUAAUCCUCCAAUCAUCUUUGACCUUUUGAGCCCAAGUGUAUUUAUAAUUACUCUUUUGCAGACCAGUGAUUGGGGGGAUAUUCAUUAUUGUAUAAUGACACUGUGGUUGAAUCUUUAAAAAAAAAAAAAAAAAAAGAGUAGCAGAUUAAAUUACUUUUUAAGAUUAUGAUCCAAGCCAAGGUUCUGUUAUAAUUACAUGUAGAUCUUUUCUAAACGUCACACUCAAACAUUCAAAGAAAACAAUAAUUUAAAAAAAAAAAGACAUUUUUGUAUUGUGUAUAAAGAGCCUGGCUCAUUCCACUUGUCACUUACAGCCACUGAUUCUAAAACUGUGGACCUGUUGUCUUGUUUUACAAAUGCCUGUAUUCUCUCUCUGGGCUGUUUGUCCUUGAGAAUAAAGUGUGUGUGUGUGUGUGUGUGUUUUGUAAUGCUUAAGUGAGUGUUCUUUUGUAAUAUUGUUGUCUUGGAGAGAAGGUUUUUUUGUUUUUUGGUUUUUUUUUUGUCCGUUUCUGUGAACAUGCGUAACUGACUAAUGCUAUAAAGCAUGGCUUCACUUCUGUAAAGAUGUUUAACCAUGAUAAUGGAGGUUGUGGUGUUAUAAAAGACAUUGUUUUGUUUGUUUUUGUUUCUUUUUUAACUAUAGCUAGGUGUUAUAUUUUAAAUCAGCUUUACUCUGGUGUGUGUCAACUUUAUAAACGAAGCCAUAAAAACUCUGAAGACUGAAGAAGGAUUUGAAAAUCUCAGUCUAUUAUCAGUUUUUUUCAGACUGACCACAUGCUACAUCUGUGUUCACAGUGCAGUGCAGAUGUAGCCAUCAUAACCUGCUUAUUGCUACAUUUUGCUUUCUUUUUGUUACAAUGUCCUAUACAUAUAUAUAUAUAUAUAUAUAUAUAUAAGAAAACAGAAGACAGCAUAUAUUUUUCUUGUCUGAUUAAUUUUACUGUUCCUAUUUUGUGAAUGAAGUACAUGCCUCUACACAGUU